ACUUGCUCUUCAUGAAUAAGGCAAGAUAAAUGAAUUUUUGUUUAAAGUUUUGUCGAAUAACAAUGUACUUUGUUGUAUCGAUACGAGCUAUGUUAUCGAUACGAUUAUUUUUUUUAUUGCCGUUUUAUCAGCUGAGGCCGGAGGCCAGGAAGCAGCUGAUUCUCCUGAACUGUUGUCAAUACGAUUACGGAUCAUCCUGAAAAACGUCAAAUUAAUGACUUCAUAUUAUAACAAUGGAUUUGAUACAAUAGGAAAUAUUAUAACAGUACCGAGAUGAUCCGAAAUAAAUUUCUUAUCGUAGAAAAUUAAAAUAUACAAUUUCUCCAUUUUAAACGAGAAAAGAUGGAUGCGAAAGAGUAUAAAAAAUAUAUGCAAAGGAUCGCUCAAGCUGAGGCCAAAGUCGAUAAUGCGGCUCCAAGAUUUGAUGUGACUACGUAUUAUAAAACCCGUAAUUUACUGAUUGAUUUUAAUCGAGUGCGAGAAUUAGAUCGAGAAAAUAUGAAAUUAUUAAGACGGUUGAAUAUAAUAGCGAGAUUAGGGGGAACCAUUGAUUGUUGGUUGCCACAAACGAUAAAAUACGUAUCAUCUCUCGCGGAUCCGCGGUUAGAAAACAGACAGAUCACCGAACAGAACACAAAGCUUUUGCGAAGAAUUCAUAACGCGAGCACCAAUUAUUCCACUGCAGAAUUCAUACAGAGCUGGAAGGAAAUGAAAGAAAAGACAAUGCAUGGCAGAAAAUUUCAGAAAGAGCCUGCUGGUCACAUCAUCGGAUUAGAAUCUCAUCAAGAUCAUUGCAUGAUCAGAGACUUGUCAUUAUUGAAAGACAUGAAUCCUUCGAUACGGACUAAAUGUUUCAUUGAGAUUGAAAUCCUAGAGGACAAGCAGAAGUUAGGACGAAUUCAUUUUGAACUUUACGACGACGUCGUACCUCAGACGUGCGCGAAUUUUGCAGAAUUGUGCCAUGGCUACAAUGGUCUUUCCUAUAAGAAUACACCGUUACAUCGAAUUGUUUCUGGUUACUGGUGCCAAGGUGGAGACGUUACCAAAUAUAACGGAAGUGGAGGAACGUCUAUAUAUGGUGAAUCAUUUCAGAAUGAGAACUACCAUUUGCGUCAUGCUGGCCCUGGAAUUUUGUCUAUGUAUAACGAUGAUGGAAAUACAUCCAAUUCCAAAUUCAAUCUUACCUUCAGGAAACUGGAGACAGUCGAUGGGAAGCAUGUAGUUUUUGGGAAAGUUAUUAAAGGCCUUUCGAAUAUUUAUAAGCUUGAGGAAUUCGCGACGAAAACGGGAAAACCAUAUAAAACGAUAAUCAUAUCAAAUUGUGGAGUCAUAUCAAGAACCGUAAACAGUUGAGCAGGAUUGAACAGACAUAAU